CGCAAACACAAGAAAACUCCCCGAAGAGGUUAACACAAACGUCAAACCCUAUCGGUUUCUCUCUCUCUAAAUUUCCGCAUUUUGUUCGAUUUUCCUCAUGAAAUUGAGCGAAAUCUUCAUAUCUACGGCGAAUUUCAGCUCGAUUUGAUGAACAUCCGAUAGGUUUUCGUUUUUUUUUUUUUUUUUNUUUUUUUUUUUUUUUUGUACCUUUUUUUUUCUGGGGUAGGUGAGAUUUGAAGAGCAUGGAGGGCUCUGUGUCGGUGGUGGAGGAUGUCGGAGCCCCGCCAGAGUCGUGGGAGGUGGCUGACGUGGACGCCAGCAUGCGGCGGCUCUUGCUCUCGUCUUCGAAGAAGAACUCUGGUAGUCAAUCCGACCUCGCUGAUUCUCAGGAUUCAGCUUCAAAUUUGGCGCCGGCUUCGAGUAGUUCUGCUCCUGGUUCAAGCGUCUCUGAGGAUGCCAUCAAUUCGGUCGAUCAGUUUCUCCGGGAGGCUUUACAAAACCCUAGGGAGAGACUUUCAGUUCUAAGAAUGGAACAGGAUGUUGAAAAAUUCAUGAGAGAUCCAUCCCGGAAACAAAUGGAGUUCCAACAGCUGCCUACCUCCUAUUUGCGACUGGCUGCUCAUCGUGUAGCUCAGCACUACUCACUCACGUCAAUGGUCUUAGUAGACAAUCCAGAUGGAUCUGGAUCCCGUAUUAUUGUAUGCAAAAGUUCUGAAAGUCGAAUGCCUUCAAUUCGCCUGGCUGACAUUCCUAUAAAUCUGCCCCAGGAAGACACCAGUGUCGUCAAAGUUGCUAUUAAGCAGAGACCACAAAGAGGUUCCCAGUUUAUUGGCUCAAAUUCACAAUCUUUAAAGAAUAAUAGUUCAAAAAGUGUGGAGGAAAGAAAAGAAGAAUACAAUAGGGCAAGGGCACGGAUUUUUAGCUCUAAUAAUUUGGUUGGGACUGCCAAUGGAAAAACUGAAAGUGAAUCUAAGAUGCAGGACACUUCCCAGCAUGUUUCACAAAGAAUGCCUAGGGUAGAUGAAAAGGCCAGUUCAGCAGGGAGUUCUGAAAUGAAUAUUGGCAGGGGUUCCCUUGAUUCUUCAACUGGUAGCAAUAGAACAGCUAGAAGUAGGACUGAAAAGGAGCAGAUUGGUAGGUCUAAAACUAGUAAUAGGGUGGCAAUAUUCAGGGAUCGUGAAAUUGAUCGCAAGGAUCCUGAUUAUGACCGUAACUAUGACAGAUACCUGCAAAGAUUUGACCCAGGGUUUGGAUUUACUGGAGGACCUUAUGCUAUUCAACCAAUGUAUGCUCCUGCUUUGAACUACAACACUGAGUUUCCACAACUUGGAUCAACACAUCGGCCUCCUAUAUCUGCUGAACACCAACCUUGCCCACUUCCUCCACGCUUACCUGGGCCAUGGGUUGCACCAUCACCUCCAGGCAUUGCAUAUGGCCGGGCCGAGACCAUGAUACCUCCGUUCAAUGCCAAUCAUGUUGGUAUGCGGUCCAAUUCUGCUUUAUACUUGCACUCAACUCAGUAUCCUUGUCAGCGCCCUGGAAUGCCUUUCAUCCACCAUCAUGAACAAAUUCAAGUUCCCCAACCCUUUACACAGUCUCAUCACCAGCAACCUGAUGCAAGUUUUGGAUUAGCCCGGCCCCGAUAAGGGGCAUGGGCCAUGCCUGCAUCCUGCCUCAGCAUGUUGAGAGUUCAUGAUCUGAGGCAGCUGUUGAGCAGAACAUUUUUGCAUAGGCAGGAUGCAGGCAUUAGCAUCCGAGGGUGCUUGGUGUGGAUGUGUCGAAAGUUGAAUAUAUUCCUACUCGAUGCACACCACUGCAAACCCUCGGCUUUGUGGAGCUCCUUCCUCACUUGAAGAGGCCUCAAAGGUUAUGGCAGUUUCAUUGUUUGGAAGAGUUCUGAUUGCCAUACAUACGGCAAUGGAGAUGGCAAGAUGGCAAAAUAAGAAAGUUCGGGGCUAUGAAUACAUUUGAUGUCGGCAAGAGGUAAAUUUCAUUCCACACUGCCCUACCUUCUCCCAAAAGGUUGAAUCCACAACCCUAAGUGCCUCCCAUGCCCCGGCCCGACAGAGCACGUGGGAGGAGAUAAAUCACGGUAACCUAGUGGCUCAACAAACCGGGCCAAAUGCCGGUGCACACAAGGGAUUUGCCCACUUUGGGAAGAAGAGUUUUGGACGUUGGUCUUUUCACCCAAAUACUGCCUACUAAGCUAAGCCCGUGCAGGCGACACUGACUUAUCUUGUUUUCCUGAUCAUCAUGUCAUUGUGGUUUACAUUUUUACCCUGGUUGCUUGCACAGUUGUGUGCCAUAAAGCUGUGUUGAUACAACCCCAGUCGUCCUGCCACUACAGAUACAGAACCCUGGAAAAACAUAGUGAUAGGGGACAGUUGUACGCUCUGAUUGUCAAUUACUUUUUAUAGCACAUGUGAUGUAUUACACCAGUCUUCUUAUCCUGUUUCUUUACUGGCUCGCAAACUGAUAGCUUAUUUUGGAUAAUCUUAUUUGACAUGCAUGAAUUGAAGAAAUUGCAAUUUCUUCCAAACAA